AUGUCGUUGGUAGAAAUCGCUGCCGUUGACGUCGAGUCCUCGUGUUUGGUCUCUCUCUUUGUGCACUGCCACCGCAUCAUCUCCUCCUGCAAUCCCUCUUUGCCCACCUCCCCAGUCUCUACCUCUCUUCAUAUCCAGAUAGUCGAUCCUCCAAUGCUCUACGAAGCAAACGUCGCGCCCUGUCACAAGCCACAGGUUCUCGAUUGCUCGGAUGUUGAGUAUGUAGCAGCGAUCGAGUCGGCUCUACUUUCAUCCCAUUUUGACGCAUCGAUACGACGUUUAGACUUGCGCUGGUGCAAACGAAAACGAAUCUUGACGCUCAUGGAGCGGACAAGUGUCGCUAUGAAAUUCUGCACGAUCGAGUUCCAUGCGACAUCAGAAAGUCCAGAAGCGUGGCGACACUUGCUGCAUCAAGUGACAACGCGACAACGAGAUAUGGAAAAAUCAAUUGCUGACACGGAGAGCAGUGUGCAGCAGAUGGAAGUACUGGUGAGACGAAAGGAGGCACUACUGGAAACGGCGCUGGUAGCGAAACAAAAGGUGGAAGAUCAAUUUGUGCAGAACUUCUGUGCACUUUUGAAUGCUAAGAAAGAUGAGAUAAAGAGGCUGCAGCUAGAACUUUUAGCGGGGAAAGGCAUGCACAUCGAGAAUACGAAGACAUUAACGGGCAAGAGAAAUUUGACUUUAGCGAGGAAAAAAGCGACAGGAGCGAAGUUGCAGAGAAAGAGAGAAGAUGAAAAAGAAAAGGAACACAGCAGCGAGUCGAGCGAAGGCAAAUUUACAGCUUUGGAUGCUGGUGGUUACGAGAAGGAACAGGUGGGGAAAAACCGUUUGAAGGAUAACGCGAUUAAAGCGUAUAGCGCUUUGCCGCCAAUUUCGCGGUCGGGUUCGGUGGAGAUGAAAGCCGGUGAAGAACUGUUAUCGAGCAUGGAUGCCAACAUUGAUAGUGAAGAAGAGAAGAAUGAUGACGCUUUACAGGUACAAGAGUUUAGUGGCGACAAUGCUAUAAUGCCGGAUCUGGGGGCGACUCAAGUGCCAUUACAAGUGAUGAAUCGAACGGAGAAACAAGCUGAUGAAGCGAUAGACUCAUUGGACGAGGAUAUGUAUGACAUGCUGUGA